AGAUAAUUACUAAAUAUAACUUUUUUAUCAUGAGUGAUUCUUCUGGAAAUUCAAGUAAUGGGUUUGAUAUGCGUCUUUCCUCUUUAACUGUUGGUCAGUUCAAGCAGGCAGUAGAGGAUUUUAGAGAAGGAUCGCAUAUUAAAGAUGUGGUAAUGGUUUGCAAGAGGCAGAAUAUAUCAGGUAUUUGGGAUGAAAAGUUUUCAAAGGAGCCACUUCCCGUGAAUAAAUUUAUGGAAGAGUUUUUGCGUGAUGGGAUAAUUGCUUCUAAUCGGCUUAAACGUGCUUGCAAGUUUCAUCUAGUUACACCACUUAUUCAAAAUAGAACUGUCACCUUAUAUGUUGGGAUCAAAACUCCUCCACGUUUAAACCUUCCUUCUGGCGGCUUUAUCGAAUUGGUUGUUGAGAUUUUUGGUCCGUCGACUAAAACUGAGAUUGCUCAAAUGCAAGAAGUGGAUAAGGCUGAUAUUGACGCUGAUGUUAAGGCAGCUUGUGAUGCCUUCAAAUUGGGCUCUGAAUGGCGGCGGAUGGAUGCUUCAUCCCGUGGACAUUUACUAAAUAAAUUGGCUUCUUUAAUUGAAAUAGAUGCUGUUGAGCUAGCUUCGUUGGAAACGUUGGAUAAUGGAAAGCCUUACAAGGACGCCUAUUUAGCUGACCUGCCUCUCUCAAUUGCCGUUUAUCGCUAUUAUGCUGGUUGGGCAGACAAAAACCAUGGAAAGACAAUACCUAUAGGAGGCGAUUAUUUUUGUUAUACACGUCAUGAGCCUGUUGGAGUUGUUGGCCAAAUCAUCCCAUGGAACUUCCCUCUACUCAUGCAAGCUUGGAAAUUAGCACCAGCCUUGGCAAUGGGCAACACAGUCAUUUUGAAGCCCGCUGAACAAACUCCAUUAACGGCUCUGUAUGUUGCUAAUUUGGUUAAAGAGGCUGGCUUCCCUCCCGGAGUCGUUAAUAUUGUGCCUGGUUAUGGACCGACAGCUGGAAAGGCACUUGCUACACAUCCUAAAGUGGAUAAAGUUGCAUUCACUGGCUCAACCGAAGUUGGAUUGCAAGUCAAGCGUGAAUGUUCUGAAGCAAAUUUAAAACGAAUAACUCUAGAGCUUGGAGGCAAAAGCCCGAAUAUAAUUUUUUCUGAUGCUGAUAUGCCUCUUGCGGUGGAACAGGCUGCUUUUGGACUCUUUUUUAAUCAAGGCCAAUGUUGUUGUGCUGGCUCUAGGACUUUUGUGGAAUCAAAAAUUUAUGAUGAAUUUGUGGAACGUUCUAAGAUUUUUGGUCCAGUGAUGUCAAUCAUUAAAUUUGAUGACCUUAAAGAUUUGGUGGAAAAAGCUAAUGAGACUUGCUAUGGAUUGGCUGCUGGUGUGGUUACUCGAGACAUGGACAAAGCUUUGUAUAUAGCUAACAAUAUCAGAGCCGGGACUGUUUGGGUAAACUGCUACGACGUCUUCGACGCCGCUGCUCCAUUUGGUGGAUAUAAAAUGUCUGGUAUAGGCCGAGAACUGGGUGAAUAUGGAUUGGAGCCAUAUACAGAAGUAAAGACUGUGACUAUUAAGUAUACUCUUCGCGACGACUUUAAAAUACCUAAACAUCUGGACCGUUGA